AUGGUUCGCAUUCCCGCCAUGAGGGACUGUGUAAAAUCAAAAAGGAACGGAAAGACCUGGCAUCCUGAGGAAGCCGGCAACAUCCUUGUGAUCAUGGGCGGGUGUUCCGAGGAAUCUGUUUACAAGGGCCAUACGGGGCCGAAUCCGCCGCACAAGUACUCUUCUCAUGCGUCGGAGGAACUCGCGAAGAGCAGAAGCUCCAAAUACAGCAGCGAGCUCCCAUCCGAUGAACCGAGCGCGUAUCGAGCCUCUUUCAACAACGCCGACAUUGCCACGAGCGAAGAACAAGGCAAAGCGAGAGUCGAGGCGGAGAUGAAGAGAGCACUGCGCCAGUUUUAUGGCAACUAG